CUGGUUCAGAGCGUGAUUUUUCCCGUUCGUUCCAACCACAGUUCAUAUGGCGCAAAAAUACGAACGGGAACCAGGGCUAGGUGCCGGACUCAACCUUCUCAAUCUCUUCGGACUCGACUCCACCACCGCCAGAGUCUGGGGUGCAUUCAUCAUUGUCUUGGUCAUUGCAUACUUUAUCAUUCGAUUUCGGUAUCCUUGUCGCUCGCCGUCGUCGCUCACUGAGGUUGUGGACCGAGCUUCAAAACUUUUCGACGAGUGUCAUGCUAUGGGUGCGUUUCGUAGAGGAGAUUAUGAUAGAUACCACAUUAUUCUCCAGCGACUUACCUCUUGUGCCUCGGAAAUUGCAUCUAGAACACAUCCUAACGAGUCCAAUGCCCCGGGACAAAGGUCGAGCCUCCAUCGUGACUACUUCGAAAAGACAUCGUUCUUGUGGAAGAGACUGAAAGACAUCGUUGAUUGUCACCGUGAGGCUCGGCUGCUUAUACGAAGCUUAGAGGUUUGUUUAAUGCGGGCAUCUCACUCCCGUGCACAGUACCAGCUCCUACAGAGGGCUCCUGUCCCAGGAUAUCAUGUUGACGCGGUCGUGUAGCCGUCAAUCCGUGUAUUGAGUCUCUGACAUUUCUUUUUUUUCCUCUCCCGAUCUCAGUCUUUGGCCAAAUCUUCAGUCACAAUGUUCUGUUCUCUUCCUUGAUCUCGUACUUGUGUCCAGCUCUGCCGUCGUGUCCUAUUGUUUUGUUAGUAUCCUG